GCGGCCACGGCAGUGGGAGCGGCGUGCGCGGCGGCGGCGGCGGCGGCGGCCGGGGCGGGACGCGGACGGCCGGGCGCCGAGGGGCCGGGCGCGCGGGGAGGGCCGGGCCGGGCCGGGCGCGCGGGGCCCGACGGCGCCGAGGGAGCGCGCGCCCCGCAGCCCCCGCGCCGCGCCCCCCGGGCAUGGGGCGCUCGGCGGCCGCCUGAAGCGCGGGCCUGGCCCGGCCGCACGCGGGCUGUGGCCGAGGAGCGGGGCCGCCCCGCUGUGCCCGCGCCCGAGCGCUCGCCUCGUCGCGUCCUCCCGGGCUGACGGCGGUCCCCCGGGAGCAGGGCCCUAGGACGGCGAGCGGCUCGGGCGGUUCUGUGCGCGCGGGUGAUCCCGGAGGAGUGGAGAUGUCCUGCCUAUGCCACUUCCUGCUCACAUACCUGUUCCCGGCCCUCCUGCUUCACGGGCUGGGAGAGGGUUCUGCCCUCCUUCAUCCAGACAGCAGAUCCUAUCCUAGGUCCUUAGAGAAAAGUGCCUGGAGGGCAUUCAAGGAGUCACAGUGCCAUCACAUGCUCAAACAUCUCCACAAUGGCGCAAGGAUCACCGUGCAGAUGCCGCCUGCCAUCGAGGGCCACUGGGUGUCCACCGGCUGUGAAGUGAGGUCGGGCCCGGAGUUCAUCACAAGGUCGUACCGAUUCUACCACAACAACACCUUCAAGGCCUACCAGUUCUAUUACGGCGGCAACCGCUGCACAAGCCCCACCUACACGCUCGUCAUCCGGGGCAAGAUCCGCCUGCGCCAGGCCUCCUGGAUCAUACGCGGGGGCACUGAGGCCGACUACCAGCUGCACCACGUCCAGGUCAUCUGCCACACGGAGGCAGAGGCCGAGCGGCUCAGCCAGCUGGUGAACCACACGUGCCCCGGCUUUGUCCCCACGGGGGGCUCCUGGGUGCGGGAUGUGCCUUACGACCUGUGGCGGGAGGAGAAUGGCUGCGAGUGCACGCGGGCCGUGAACUUCGCCAUGCAUGAGCUGCAGCUCAUCCGGGUGGAGAAGCAGCACCUGCAGCACAACCUGGACCACCUGGUGGAGGAGCUCUUCCUUGGUGACAUCCACACUGACGCCUCCCAGAGGGUGUUCUACCGGCCGUCCAGCUACCAGCCCCCGCUGCAGAAUGCCAAGAACCACGACCUCGCCUGCAUAGCCUGUCGCAUCAUCCACCGGUCGGAUGAGCACCGCCCGCCCCUCCUGCCCCCCAAGGCAGACCUGACUGUUGGCCUGCAUGGCGAGUGGGUGAGCCAGCGCUGCGAGGUGCGGCCCGAGGUCCUCUUCCUCACGCGCCACUUCAUCUUCCACGACAACAACAACACCUGGGAAGGGCAUUACUACCACUACUCCGACCCCGUCUGCAAGCACCCCACCUUCACCAUCUACGCCAAGGGCCGCUACAGCCGAGGCGUGCACUCCUCCAGGGUCAUGGGAGGCACAGAGUUCGUGUUCAAAGUGAAUCACAUGAAGGUCACUCCCAUGGAUGCGGCCACGGCCUCGCUCCUCAACGUCUUCAACGGGAAUGAGUGUGGGGCUGAGGGCUCCUGGCAGGUGGGCGUGCAGCAGGAUGUGACGCACACCAAUGGCUGCGUGGCGCUGGGGAUCAAACUACCUCACACGGAAUACGAGAUCUUCAAAAUGGAGCAGGACGCCCACGGCCGCUACCUGCUCUUCAACGGCCAGAGGCCCAGUGACGGGUCCAGUCCCGACAGGCCUGAGAAGAGAGCCACAUCCUACCAGAUGCCCUUAGUCCAGUGUGCCUCCUCUGCGCCCAGGCCCGAGGACUUCUCUGAAGACCACAGGGUUCACCCCUAUGGGAGCCAGGCGCCAGGGAGGAGCACUUGUCCCCUGCUCCUUGCUGCCCUCGCCUGCCUUUUGACUCUGCCGCACUGGAAUGUCCUCAGAUAGAAAUUUUUAAAAAGUUAUAUUUUUCCAAACCAGGAUUCUUUACAAUUUACAGAUUAUCUUUACCAAAAGAAAGGACACUUCUUCUGAUGCACCUGAGUGCCUGAGAGCUGUCUUCCUUUUCUCCUCUGCCUCACCCAGGCCUCCCAGCCCGAGUCCUGAGCAGGGCUGUUUGAAGUUUCUGCUUUGAACUCCAUCGCGUCGGAUCCCUGGCCUGAGUGUCUUCACAGUAGUAACUGCGCUUUAAGAUGGCAGAAAUUUUCGGGCUAGUGUGCUUGGUGGAGGGAGCAGGCUGACAGCUAGGUCCUUUUCUUUUCUUCCUCUUUAUUAUUAUAUUUCAGAGUUGAACUUAGAAGAAA